GUCCCAAGUCGCGGUUUUUGUUCCUGUGGUACCGACGCAGUCAGGUCCAAAGGGGGGGAGAGAGGAAGGUCUUCGCCGGCCACUUGGAAAUAAAGUCAUAGCAGGUUCGUAAGUGAUGUGUGAGUGCACACCGCCUCUUGGAGUACUUUAUCUGUACUAUAUCCGUUCCGUGACGUUGUGCUAGAACCCCAACCCUGGAGAUGAUUUCAUAACCAUGGUCUCGGUAAGCAGCUAGUUCAAGAAUACUCUCUUUCCGAGAGUAUGGUUGGGCUGCACAAGCCACAGCCAAUGGAAACCGCCGGAUGAACGACAUUCGUCUCGAACUAUCAAAUUCCAAUAGACCAGGUCACUCGAAUAUGUCUUUGUCCGUGGUUCUCUCGACUCGUGCAGCGCUCUCUCUUUCUCUCCAUCUCUCCACAACUCCAGCGGGGAGGUAUUGGAAAUUACCUACCCCCCCUGCUCCAUCAGAUAACUUUUUCCCCCCUCGACUUAUUUCCGCAUCUGAUAAUAACCCAGCCCCGUCGGCCAUUCCGCGCCGGGCCCGAACGAACCCCCUCCCCCAUUCUCAUGUGUCCGGCCAGUUCAGGGUUCAAGGUCCUUUCCUCAUCACCUCGAACUGGGCGACACGGGCAUGGCCGUCACAGGCUAGAACCGACUCGGCCAAGUCCAUCAAGCUAGCAACUCUUCUCCAUCCACAAACACACACACUUUCAGAUGCGGAAUUCUUCAUGCAAGAAGGGACAGACUGCAGAGAGGCCGUCCGGAAGGCACCGCCACGAACCCACGAACCGGUCAGAGAUGCUCCAUUGGGCCAGGGACCCGAUGCAAGAGAACCGUCUUGACGCCUUGGCGGCUCUGGAGCUCGUUCCGUACCCCCCUACAUUUCGAUUCGAACAGGAAGCUGAUCUCCACGCGAUGGGGUCAAUAAAUCUGUCAACCCUGGACGGGGAAAGGGUCCAAUCGUGAUGAUAGAAAAGUCGGCAACAGCCGUCCAGGCCGGCGCGCUUUGCGGUCUUGAGGAACCAGAUGGCAAAGUUCUUUUCUCUCAUCCACUCCCUCACUCUCUCUCGCUCGCCGCCCACCAGUUCUCUCUCUGUUCGUCGUUCCUUUGGCUUUUGUUUCCUCGUGGCCCCGAGAUCCUUGAACCGCCAGACGCGAUGAAGAGAGAAGUUGUCGCCAUCGUCGGCGGCAUCGCGGCAUUGGCACAAGUCGCCGAGGCAGCGUACGUCUGGCCUUCCAAGUACGACGAGAUCGAAGACAUACUCUCAUUGCAAACGGGAUAUCGCAGUAGAGGCUUCGUCGAAGGCGUGACUCCAUGCUCCUUUGGUGGCAAUAUCGCCGGCCGCCAGUUCGCCGCAGAAUGGAUUCGCACGGCCUUCCAUGACGUUGCGACGACCGACGCGGCCGCCGGCGCGGGCGGCCUGGACGGCUCCAUCUGGUUCGAGCUUGACCGCACCGAGAACGGCGGCGCCGCCUUCAACAACACCUUCAGCUUCUUCAGCAACCUCUAUUCGGUCCGAGCCUCGGCUUCGGAUCUGCUGGCCAUGAGCGUCGUCGUCGCCAACGCGGGUUGUGGUGGCGCGCGAAUGCCGUUCCGCGCGGGGCGCAUCGAUGCCGUCGAAGCCGGUCCCGCGGGCGUGCCGGAACCGGAUACGCCGAUGGACACGACGCGGAGCACGUUCGCCAAGGCCGGCUUCAGCGAAAGCGAGAUGAUUGCGCUGGUGGCGUGCGGCCAUACGCUCGGCGGCGUGCACAGCAGGAACAACCCGCACAUCACGGGGCUCGACCCGACGCCGGACACGGUGACCAAGUUCGACAGCACCUUUGACGACUUUGACAACAAGAUCGCGACGGAGUACCUCAAGGGUAACACAUCGAACCCUCUAAUUGUCGGCAAGAACGAGACGCUCAACUCGGACAAGCGCAUCUUUGCGUCGGACGGCAACAAGACUAUCCAGGACCUUGGGUGCACCAAGAACGGCUUCAAGACGGCGUGCGCCGACGUCUUCACGCGCAUGAUCGACACGGUGCCCUCGGCGGUGCAGCUGACGGAGCCCAUUGAGGCCGUCGACAUCAAGCCCUACGUCGGGUUGUCGCUGGGCGAGAACGGGAGCAUUGCAUUCAGUGGCCGGGUCCGCGUCAGGACGACUGAAGGCACCGGGCGUGACGUGAGCGACUUGACGGUCCACCUGAGCUUCGCAGACCGCAACGGCGAGGGCACCGUUACGGUUCCGACGACGCUCGACGAGGGGGGCGUGACGUACGGCCUCUGGGGCGAGACGUUCGUCUGGUAUCAGUUUGAGACGGUCAUUCCGGCCGCGAACGGCAUCAGCAAGUUUCUCAUCCACCUGACGAACCCCUCCGCCAACGCAACGACGGUUUAUAGGAACGGCGGUGGCAGCGGGUACCCGCUGGACGACUCGCUGCUGUACCAGGCGUCCGCGUCGUGCGUCGACCGGACGAGCGUGAACAACGAGCGCACCUUCACCGUCACGGCCGCGGUGCGGGAGGACCGCGCCGCGGACCCCGUGAAGAUAGAGCUCGUGCGUCUAGUGAGGCGACAGGGCAUCAUUCAUCGGCAGCUCGUGGUCGAGACCGUCGAUCUGGCGGCGACGGCGGACGAGGGGGAGAGCGGGUACGUCACCUUCCAGGGGCAGAUACAGCUUCCGACAAACGGAUGGAGCACGAGCUUCGAUCUCGUGCUGGGAGGGGGGGAGAAGGAGGUCAGACUCGACUUCUUGAAGACGCAAACGUGUCCGCGCGUUUGAUAUGGUUCACGGAUGAUCGGCGACUCCUUGUUAUUUUGCCGGUGUUGAGUUGAAAAGUGAUAGCUUUUCAACCAGUCCCCGAACUCCUGGGAGGUCGCGUUGCGCUUGGCGAUGCUGGCGAGGAGGCUGAGAGGUUCCCGGAUGCCUCCAUAGACGUACGGCGACUCCGGCUACGGGUGUACGAAGACUAUGAAGACGCCAUACAAAUCGUCGUUACUUGUGCCAUGCCGUUCAAGGUUGAAUGGUUUCUCAAAAGCGGACAUGCCAUCCUGCACUAGAUCGAAUCGAUGCCUCCGAAAACAACCACGGAAGAAGAAGACAAAAAUCGAACAAGUAAAAAUUGGAACUGUGGCUGUGUGUGGUUCACCACCAGCGCGUUAAGCCUAUUGAGCAGCGAGAUGGCCUAUCCCUUUGUGAAUCCACCGUUCUGUCUGGUAGUGCGAGACGUGAAAGGUCUCCCGGAGCAUCCCAAAACCACCGCGGAGCGUUGGAAACCCGAUCAGGGAUGUCUUCAUGGGGCUGGAGCACGGCGGCUUCCUUCGACGGAAACGUGCACUACCGAUACCAUGUAUCGGGCCAGCAGGUUUGUGAGGGGGUAGCUGUAUGUUUGGAAAUACCAACUCAUGGGAGCCUUUAAUGGGACCCUAAGAAAAUCUGGAAGUUGCUGGCUUAGUUUGUUCGUCUGCUAGUAACAUGCCCAGAAAUCCUCAUGUCUGACUGCAACCCGAUAGAAUGUAUUUGACGAUAGCACUCGGUAGAAAUCAUCAUAGAGCAUGGCUUGCGGUUGUUGGCAAGGCAUCGAAUGUGCAACUUCGGGUUGAAAGUAGCAAUCUUCCGUAACGUUGGCCGUCUACAUGAGAGAAAAGCCGCAUGGCAGGACGGCAAAACUACCAUUCUGGCGGAGAAAUAGGACGAUCAAACCCGGGAAACAUGAGAGGGCUUGUCUAUCGAGUCACAGCAUUGGAAUACAUCCGCGUUCGAUAGGUGGACGGGCAGGUUCUCAUUAGCCUCCUUGUUUAUGACGCAGAGGCACGCUCAUCCUGUGACCAAGUACCAAACAGUCGACGGUCGGCUCCGGUUUGCAGCAGAGCCCUGGCGCGGGGUCUACGCUGGUCAAGAACAAACCUGGCAAGGUAAAUGGCCAAUCUCUUCGAAGGGUGACUUGGCACAGUUUCCUGGGUCCCGAAGGAAAGAUUAAGACGCUGCAAAUGACUAACACCUUUGAGAAACAAACUUGGGGACGACCAGAUUGGCGGUACCCUUGGGGUCUGCUAUUCUGGUACAUGGCGCUGAAGUGGAGUCUGAUCGGAAUUCUGAAGACUAUCCCCGUCCCGCGGUGUUGCGCCUAGAUGAUGGCGUUGGUCGAUAAUUGAUGAGUGAAAGCCGCCGAGAUGAAGCGACGCACUCGGCAAGAUGAACAGUCAAUCCUAUAGGCCGGGGCUACGCCAUAGCAUGCCACUCCCAUACGACUGUCUUGCUGUGCCGCACAUUUGAUGUGAAGGGAAGGCAUCGUAGGCAUUGUGUUUGGCAAGAUUUUGCGGCGGUGUCGCGAGCAGGAUAUGGUGUGGAAAGACGAGUACUGUGUGGAACUUGUUGGAAGGACACCAAGGGGGCUUUGGAAGUCGCAGAUAGCCAGUGCUAGAAGUUGAAAAAAGAAACCUGUCAGGCUCCGCCGGGGAUGUGGACAGUGACAUGUCAAAAGCUAUGCUGCAACGCUGAGACGAAUACCUCAGCUGGCAGCAGUAGACCAGCAUUGGCGGUGCGCAACAACAUAGAGAAGGGGUCGAAAAGGCAUUGCCCUGCCCGGCAUCGGGGAGUCCUACGUUCCUAACCUCCGUCUCCGCCGGCGGAGCUAACCCCGGAGGAGGAUAGUCAAAUGUCGGAGAGUGUUCCAUAACGUGCUCAGAGCCGUUGGUGAAAUGGCAAAGAUAGAUGCCGCGGUACUCUGGAGGAGGCUGUUCAUGUGUUUUUGCCGUUCAUGUAUCUGGCGAGCCUCGUUCCCCCUUCUCAUCCUCGAUCUACUCGACCGAAGGCUACUUAGGCACUGGAGGUCAGUCAAACUGUCAAGGUCUCCAGGCGGAAUCCAGCGCAGAGGUUCGGAAGAGUUGAGGGGCAUCCGAUGCUGAAAUCUGGGUCCUCAAGGGGGCAGCACCGCAACAGAGAUAUGAGCGAGAGUGGUUGAAGUUGAAGUCGGUGUCAAGAUCACCAGAAGCAUGAUGUUGAAAACG